GCAAAGGCUUCUGGGCCUAGUGGGCCGUUAUCUCGUGUUGCAUCUAUUUCCCAGCAAGCACCGCGGAGUGGGCGGGUGCUAGUGCUUCUGGUCUCUGGGGUGACGUGUGGCUUAUAGGUCUUAUAUCGGUGGCAGCCCCCGGUUGCAGUUACCGGAGAGAAGCUUCUACCGACAGUCGUCCGGGCCGCAGCGCGCCGCCGAGACGGCUCCGCAGCUAAACUGUGCUGCUCCAGGGCAGGCACCAUGUUGCAUUCAUCUUUACACCCUGGCAUCUAGCAGUGUCGGCAUGUAGUAGGCACUCAAGAAAUGUAUGUUGAAUGAACGAUGCCUGUGACAAGCAACUGGACUUUAUUCUUUCCUGACCCUUGCUCCUAUGACAUACCUCCUGAUUGCCUCUAUCACCCCUUCAAAGCAGAACUUCUCUAGGGAGCCUGGAAGGGAAACAGCUAUGGCCAAGGACAUCUUGGGCGAGGCAGGGCUGCACUUUGAUGAGCUGAACAAGCUUCGGGUGUUGGACCCAGAGGUUACCCAGCAAACCAUAGAGCUGAAGGAAGAGUGCAAGGAUUUUGUGGACAAAAUUGGCCAGUUUCAGAAAAUUGUUGGUGGCCUAAUUGAGCUUGUUGAUCAGCUUGCCAAAGAAGCAGAAAACGAGAAGAUGAAGGCCAUUGGUGCUCGGAACUUGCUGAAAUCCAUAGCGAAGCAGAGAGAAGCCCAACAGCAGCAACUCCAGGCACUGAUAGCAGAAAAGAAGAUGCAGCUAGAAAGGUAUCGGGUUGAAUAUGAAGCUUUGUGUAAAGUAGAAGCAGAACAAAAUGAAUUUAUUGACCAAUUUAUUUUUCAGAAAUGAACUGAAAUUUUCAGUUUAAGAUCAGGAAGGCAAAAAAGCACCCCAAUCAAAAACACAAAAACCAAACCUCUGUACCAUUCCAGUGAUUUGACUGAUGUUUGUCAUGGCAGUGUGUUAAGGGGGUAGCUGGUAAACACAGUGCAUAGCCACUGCUAGUGGCCAGGCAGCACAGGGCCUCACUUCUUUGACUUCUCAGCACAAACUAAGUGUCUGUAAACUUUGGUCCACUUUUUUUUUUUUUUUUUUUGUACAUUCACAAAGCUCUUGAGGAAAAGCAAUAAAUACCAUUUGCAAAUGCCUUGGUCUUUC